AUGGCAUCAGCAGCAGGCAAUAUAAUUGAUAAUGGUAAAAAUGAUUCUCUUACACAGGACUCUGAUGUAAUACAGGAGAUGUUUUGUGAACAUUGUGAAAAAGAAUUAGGGACUUUAGUAAUUGCAGAUGGAUUUUGUAAGAAUUGUUUGGAUUAUCUGUGCUCUACAUGUUUGAGAUAUCAUAAGACAUACAAGCCUGAACAUUCUAUACAGGACAAAGCUCACAUGCCACAAGAUUUCUGUUUCCAGAAAUGUCAAGACCAUCCAAGGGAGCUGAUUAAGUUUUACUGCAACUCAUGCAAGCAAAAGGCAUGUACUGUUUGUAAAGCAAAAAAACAUAACAAGUGCAUCAUAGCACACAUUCCCAGUCUUGUGAGAUCAGCUAAUUUCAACAAAGACGUAAGAAAUUUGGUAGAGUCAAUAGACAACACCUUAGCAAUUAAUUCAAAUUCAAGAGAUGAAAUUUCAUCAAAAUUGACAGAAGUUCAAGCAGUCAGUCAAAGUGCCAUAUCAUCAAUAAUACAACAGAGAAAAAAACUUGAAAGCUGCAUUGGAGAACUCCAUCAAAAAGAAGUCCUUGAGCUAAAGAAGUUACAUAAAAAUGAAGAGGAAAUUUUUGAAAGAAAGAGGCAAUCUAUUAUUGCUGAGUUGGACAAAGAAAAAAGACAGCUAAUAAUGAAGCAUCACCUCGAAACAAAAAGGAUUCAGGAUGUUAAAACAAUAACAAUUAAAAAGAUAGAGAGUAAAAAGAAUUCACUAGUUGAAGACAGUGAAAAUAGAAAGCAAAAAGAUGUAAUGAAACUAACUGCACUGUCUUCAAAGGUUUAUAAAACUAAAUACGAACUUGAAAAUAUGAAACACAGCCUGUGUAAAAGUAUGCAAGCAAAUCAAAAGUGUGAAAUAUUUCUUGCCCUUAAAGGAGCAGAGAACAAAAUGGAGAAAAUGUUAACAAUUGUAGAAGAAGAAAGCCGAUGUCCUGGGAUAAAUUACUACGAGUUUCAAUCCAGUGAUGAAGAAAUAAGUAAAGUAAAUAUUCCUGUUAUUUAUGGCUCCUUGACUGAUAAGUCAAAAAUAAAGCGCAACAUAACAUACUUUCACGAAAUAAGUGUGGAGCAUAGCACAGACAAAUGUAACAGCAAUUUAACUGGACUUUGUAAAACCUCUGACACACGCCUGAUUACUGCAGAUUAUGAUAACUCAUUGAUUAAAAUGAUAGACACUGAUACUGAAUUGACCAUAGCAGUACUUCAACUUGAAGAUAAGCCAUUUGAUAUAACCUUGUAG